AUGCAUCUCCAACAAGAUCAAAGCCGCGAUGGCUCAAUUCCAUCAAGCAUCUCAACCACAACAGCAGCCGUCGACUCCCCCGCACCCCAAACUUCCCUCGACGCCCGCCCCCAAAAAGACCUAUCAAAGCCGAAACAUCUCUACUUUGCCUACGGCUCCAACCUCUCGCCCACGCAGAUGCGCAUGCGCUGUAUCCACAACCCCACGCUCUCGGGACACCCUGUCGCCCUGGCCACGCUCGAUUCCUGGCGCUGGUUGAUCUGUCAAGCGGGCUAUGCGAACGUGGUGUCUCCCGCUGGACUGCGCGUGGGCUCUCAAAUAGACGGGGGAGAUGAUGUACCUCAAUCAAUUUCAAAGUCUAUACCUCACGGAGGUGUUUACGGGGUCCUGUACGAGAUGAGUGCGGAGGACGAGAGGGUACUGGAUGGGUAUGAAGGUGUACAUCAUUCCGCUGGCGACUCAAAGCAGGGAGAUAAGGUCCCCCUGGGCAUUCGGCAGAAGGAGCAGGGGGAUGGAGAUUAUAACAAGUGGUACGUUGAUGCGAGGGUUGUGGAGUGGCUGGAUGAGGGGUAUCGUGAGCGAAAUGGACUCGAGGGGGUUGGCGGAAAUGUCAGGGUAUUGGUUUAUGUGGAUGAGGAGCGGGUGAAGGUGGGAAAGCCAAAGGAGGAGUACAUCCCGCGGAUGAACAGGGCGAUUAGGGAGGCAGUGGAGUUAGGGUUCCCGGUGGAUUGGGCGGAAGAGGUUAUAGGCCCAAACUGCUUGUUCUAA